AUGAGUAUAGAAUUAAAAACAAAUAGAUGUGUUACGCAAUACACAAACUCAUACUUAAAAUCUUUACAAAGAAGUUUGACCAUACGUACAGAUGAUACAAUUGUGAUAUGCCUAACUGCACUAGCGGCUGUUGUGUAUUUUUUUCUAUUGAUAAGUUUUACGGAUUUAUAUUUAAUUCCCAAAUAUCAUUCAACUACAAUGACAGAUUAUAUUAUUUUAAAUCUUUAUUUAGCCUCUGCAUUUCAAGCAAGUUUUCUUAAUUGGAUCUAUCAUAUGUUUAAAUCACAUUCUUCCUUAAAGGCUACACAAUGGAAAAAUAUUAAUCUGUAUGGUAUGGUAACUUAUCUAGUUUCAUCCGCCAUUAGUUUGUUGUAUUAUGGAUUUUAUGAUAAUGUGUUCUAUUUCAAAUUAUUAACGAUUAUGACAUUUCUGUUAAAUUUAAUUAUGGUCAUCUUAAUUAAUUUACAUGAUGAUAAACAUCAAACACAAUCAUAUCGUUUAUUUUUAGUAAUUUUUAUAACAAUAUUAAUUGUAAUGCCAUUAUCUGUUUCAUAUUGGCAAUUUGGUCUCCAAAAGAUUCAAAGCAAGAUCGAUUUGCCAUUAUUAUUAAUGGAAAUAAUUGGAUAUAUCAUUAGUGGUAUUCUAUAUAUUAAUCGAAUCCCAGAGAAAUUAGGUCUAUCGAGAUCAUUUACAAUUACAGGUUAUUAUACUGUUAUUAUAAUUACAAGUUUUAUUCAUUUUAAAGUAUUGUUGAAUUCUUUCGUCAUGAUGCGCAUCGGCUUAAAUAAGCCAACUUUAAUAAAUUUUGAUUCCUAG